CGCGGUAGCCGUCAGGACUCCCCCAAGGUCGUCGCUGCCGUCGCUGCCGCCGCUGCCGCUGCCGCCACCACCGCUGCCGCCACCGCCGCCGCCGCUGCCACCGCCACCGCCGCCGCCGCCGCCGCCGCCACCACCGUCACUGCCGCCGCCGCCGCCACCACCGUCACUGCCGCCGCCGCCGCCACCGCUACCAUGGCUCAGUACAAAGGCGCCGCAAGUGAGGCAGGCCGCGCCAUGCACCUGAUGAAGAAGAGGGAGAAGCAGCGUGAGCAAAUGGAGCAGAUGAAGCAGAGGAUUGCAGAGGAGAACAUAAUGAAAUCCAACAUUGACAAGAAGUUCUCUGCACACUAUGAUGCUGUGGAAGCAGAGCUCAAGUCCAGUACUGUGGGUCUUGUGACCCUGAAUGACAUGAAGGCCAAGCAGGAGGCAUUGGUGAAGGAACGAGAGAAGCAGCUGGCAAAAAAGGAGCAGUCAAAGGAGCUACAGCUGAAGCUAGAGAAGCUGCGAGAGAAGGAGCGCAAGAAGGAGGCCAAGCGGAAGAUCUCUAGCCUGUCCUUCACCUUGGAGGAAGAAGAGGGAGGUGAAGAGGAGGAAGAGGUGGCCAUGUAUGAGGAGGAACUGGAAAGGGAAGAGAUCACCACAAAGAAAAAGAAAUUGGGGAAGAACCCUGAUGUGGACACAAGCUUCUUACCUGACCGGGACCGGGAGGAGGAGGAGAAUCGGCUUCGGGAAGAGCUGCGUCAGGAGUGGGAAGCCAAACAAGAGAAAAUCAAGAGUGAAGAGAUUGAAAUCACCUUUAGUUACUGGGAUGGCUCUGGGCAUCGGCGCACAGUUAAGAUGAAAAAGGGCAACACUGUGCAGCAGUUUCUGCAGAGAGCACUUGAGAUCUUGCGCAAAGACUUCAGCGAGCUCAGGUCAGCAGGGGUGGAGCAGCUCAUGUACAUCAAGGAGGAUUUAAUCAUCCCCCAUCAUCACAGCUUCUAUGACUUCAUUGUCACUAAGGCACGAGGAAAAAGUGGGCCACUCUUCAACUUUGAUGUUCAUGAUGAUGUACGACUGCUCAGUGAUGCCACUGUAGAGAAGGAUGAGUCACAUGCAGGCAAAGUGGUACUGAGGAGCUGGUAUGAGAAGAACAAGCACAUCUUUCCUGCCAGUCGCUGGGAGCCCUACGACCCAGAGAAGAAAUGGGAUAAGUACACGAUCCGGUGAGCAUUGAGAAGUGGGCAUGAUCUUGUCUCUCGCCAGUAUGGCCCCCAUGUCUCCAGGGCUCAAGGUGCCUAGAUUCCCUAGGAUCAUGUGAGAGCACUCUGGAAAGAUGGUAGUUGCUAUUUCCUGGCCUGAUGUUGCAAUUACUGGUUUUUUCUUUUACAAUAAAAAAGUUCACAUGUUGGA